GUGGUGGUCGAUUUUGUAGUGUUUGAGGUCGCAAUUGUACGCGUCAUCGUCGUCGCUGUUGUCGAUGUUGCCAAUAUUGUCGGUAAUGUCGGUAUUGUAUAACGUGUGUGUGCCGCAAGUGAGUGAAUUGUGCCGCGUCGUUAGGUCGAAGUGACAGAAACACGUUAAAAUUUUAAAAGCAAUUUGGCAUAAUUACAAACGGUUGUGCCACAAACGGUACGCGUGUGAAACGUUCUUGGGUUUUUUUUUUCUGAACAAAUUCAAUAAUAAAAGCAGAGCUUAAGAUGUGCUCAAGAGUUUAUGUGUUUGGAUAUUAUACAGCAAAGUGAAGCUGAAUAGCUAACGAGUAUAUUAAAAAUAUAUAUAUUAGAGGAGAAUGAAUGAUAAGUUAAAAGGAAAAAUUAAUAAAAAAAGCAAUAUCAGUGAAGUGAAAAAAUAAGCUGACUUUUAUGAAUUUAAUAUGAAGAAUUAAAAGUGCAAGUAAAUUGUUUGUCAAAUAACAAAUCGCGAAUAAAAAUACUGGUUAGUAGAAAAAGAUGUUUCAACAACACUUCGUUUACACCUCACCCAUGCUUCACUGCAAGCUUCAAGGAGUUCUUUAUAUCUACAAUCUCUAUUAACAAACUCGUUCGCUGUGGAUUAAUUGUUUGAUUAAUUGUUUAGUGUAUUGCAUGCCUAAUGCAGUUAACCACAAGCUGUUCAACACUUGUGCCGAUUCAUGUUUUCACUAAAAGUAAAAGUAAAAAUCAGUACAUCAAUCGUUAUGUCACUGCAAAGGCAACAAUGUGAAGAAAUGUGUUUGUGCAAACUUAAAUGAAAGUUCGUUAUGUGCAAGUAAGCACUCAGUGUUUAACGUAUUUAGCGGUUGUAAAUAAAAACUUUUUUCGGUAACAAAAACUUCUUACUUGUGUGCAAGUGAAGUUCUGCAUACGUGCAUGAGAAGUAGAAGAAGAAGAAUGUGAGAAAGUUAUUUAAUUAUCGGCAAAAGCAAAAAGUAGAGAAGCUACCCUAGACCAGACCAACAAAUUACCGCGAACAGCUUACUGAAAUAUACGGUAUAUAAAAACCGUGCCAUUCUAAUACCACAAUACACAACGAGUGUUUUGUAUACAGUUAAGGAAACCAUAUGCGCGACCGCACAUAUACCAAUCGCAAGAAUGAGAAUCCAUAAAUUUCUGCGCGCACAUAAAAAUAACUCAUAAAAAUUAUGUCUGGAAUACAAAAAGCAACUAAUAACAUCAAGAAGACAAAGGUGAACGAUGGAAGCCAAUAAAAUGCCAAAUUAUCGUUUCUGCAACUGAAUUUCCCAUACAAGAAAAGCAUUACAUUUUGUGGCAGCCGUAAAUUGAAUCGCCAAUAUUUUUUAGACGCUCUGCUGCUUUGAUAAGAAUUUAUCGGUAUAUUUUACUAUUAUGGCGGUUGCACAAACAACAUAGUAUAAUUGUAUGCACCCGCUCAAGUACGCGCAUUCAUUUAAGUGCCAAUAAACACAAAAACACAAUUGAAAGUGAAAACUCCGAUAUUGAUUGAUAUGACGAUGUUAAAAAUCUGAAGUGCGUAUAAAAGACUAAAUUGCGGAGUGUGAGCGCGAAAAAUAUUGGGGCAUAAAAAUAUUUGGAGAAAAACAUAAAAAGACAUAAAAAUAGAUUUUUGAAUGCUGCUGAUUAUAGAAACCUAAACGGAAUUUGUGUGAAUUAAGGAAUCGUGGAGUUUGUUAAAAUCCUUAAUUGGUUGUGGAAGGUCCAAAAAAGUGCAAGGACCAAAAAUAAUUAUCUAAAGAAAAAUAUCGAACUGUUAAUGUAAGCGUGCAUAGUGUGCUAAAAGUAUUAAAUAUUAGUGUAAAAACUUUUAUCGCAAAAAUACUAGAUACCCGUAUCAAUGUGGAUAUUUGAAUCGCAAAUCGAUUCAACACAUGCGUAUUUGCAACAUUAUGGAGGCGUGUUUGGUGGCUAAUCAUUUAAUGAUGGCACAUCAACGUAACCAAUUGCUCAUCAUCUCCAUAUCCCUGCUGUAUUGGUUUCGGCAUACAGGCGAAUGUUGGAAAUUCGAUGGCGGCGGUCCAGGCGCGCUCGGCCCUGGUAUACAACAGUCUCAUCCACCUGCUUUCAAUACACCAAUAUUUAUUGCCACCCAUACACACCCUCGUCCGCCACGUAGCGCCUUGGCGGCAUCUGGAGCGGCGAUAGCAGCACGGGGUCCACCACCAGCUGUGCCGCCGCCAAGUGGGAAUGGUGGCGCUAUGUCAGGUGGCAGUUUUUCAGCGAUGCUAAAUGGUCAACAGCAGGAUAUCCUAUAUGCGUGUCCAUUGAAUAGUAUGUGUCAGUGUGCUGGUUUGCCGAAUGAGACGUCAACAUUAAUCGAAAUCAAUUGCAAUGAAGUGGCGUUAUAUAAAUUUCCAGAAUUCAUACACAGUUCCGUGCGUUACAUUGAAAUGUCACGCACACAUCUGCAAAGUGUUGACGAUGAAACAUUUCAGGGACUCAGAUUGAAGACAUUGAAAUUGAUCGAUAACGAAUUGCAAGACAUUUCGGAGCGUAGUUUCAGUACGAUGACACAUUCGCUUAUGACACUGGACAUAUCUGGCAAUAAAAUGCAACACAUACCGCUAGAGGCAUUACAAAAAUUGCACUCCCUAACACGGUUGGUGGCGCAGAGAAAUCACAUAACAACGCUCGAAGGGAACUGGGAGGCACUUUUCGAUACGUUGCGCUCACUACACCUCUCUGGCAAUGAUAUUACCGAAGUGUCGCCCUUCGGCUUGCACGAAAACGGCAAUGCGCUGAACGGCGGCGGCAGUAGUAGUCAUCCCUCCAGUUUGGCGGCCAUCACGCGUCACGAUGAACUAGCGGCGACAAAGAGUGCGCACAGCAAUGCGCGUAAAAUGCUAAAUGAAGUGAGCGGUACGACGGGACACACAACCGGCACGAGUAAUCACAUAAUGCCAAGUAAACCAUUUAGUCGCUUACAAAAGUUACUCUGGCUGGAUAUAUCGAACAAUCGCAUUUAUCACAUAGCGCCAAACUUUCUACCACGUUCGCUAGUAACCAUCGAUCUAUCAAGUAAUCUGCUCAGCGUAUUUCCACAACAACUCUUCGAGCAUCUGCAUGGCUUGCGUAUAGUCUCGCUACGUGACAAUCUUUUGCGUAGCGUACAAACGAAAGAGCUGCGUCUUGUGCGCAUGCGCUUGGAGAAGCUUGAUAUGGGCAUGAAUUUGGUGGAGACGUUGGAAUCAGAUUGGUUUCAGAAUAACUACUCCGAUGUGCAUGUGCGAGCGCUGAAUUUGGAGAAGAACUUUAUAAGCCAACUGCCGCCGGCGGUGUUCAAGGGCACAGGCAUUGUGCAUUUGGUGUUGGCGUUCAACGCGAUCGAACGCAUACAUGUGAAUGCUUUUGAGGGCAUCACCGAGACGUUGGAGUAUUUGGAUUUGGAACGUAAUGAGCUGAAUGCGGUGCCUGGUGCCAUUAGCACAUUGCAUAAAUUGAAAUAUUUAUAUCUCGCUUCAAAUAAUAUCUGUCUGCUGACAAACCUGCCGGAGAAUACGGAAAACCUACGUGUGCUCAGUUUGAGUGGCAAUAACUUCACAAUGAUACCUGUGCUGGCGCUACGUAACUACACACAGCUAUCCUACCUCAAUAUGGGUUACAAUCUUAUCUCGGAUAUACCAGAGGGAAUUUUCGCGGUGGACAAUUGGGGCGCCAAUCUACAGACGAUACUUUUGCGGAACAAUAAGAUAACGCACCUACAUUUGGGCUCAUUUUACGGAUUGGAGCAGAUUCAGGAGAUCAGUUUGAGUUUCAACGAUAUCAACAUACACCACCCUAUGGUGUUUGAGAACGUUUCGCGUACACUGAAGAUACUGGAACUCUCCUUUGCGGUCUUUCCUGCGCGUAGUUUAGAGUCUGUCGAUCCAUUAGACGCGCUGCUGCCGCUUUCACAACUCAUGUGGCUGGGUUUGGACAAUAACAAUUUGAAGACGCUUUCCAACGAGUCUUUUGCGUAUAUGCGCGAGCUAAGUUAUAUCAAUUUGGCUUUCAAUCAACUCAAACAACUGCCGCGUGGUAUUUUUCUGCCCGACGUACAUAGCCAUUUGGUAGAGAUUGAUUUAUCGUACAAUGCCUUGGAAGUCAUUGCACGCAACACCUUUUACAGUUUGGGAGAUUUGCAAACACUAAACUUGCAAUCAAAUAAGCUUCAAUUGUUGGAGAAGCACGCAUUCCAUAAUCUCGAGUUUCUGCGCUAUAUCGAUUUGUCUUACAAUCAGCUGGCCAAUAUUUCGCACGGUGCCUUCACUGUGCUGCCUAAUCUCGCCGCCUUGGAUUUGAUGUUUAAUAACUUAGGCAUGCUCUCGUUAAAAAUGUUUCACUUCGUCUCGAACACGAGCACGCCACUACGUCUCAAUGUCACCUACAAUGCGAUUGGACACUUCGAGGAUGAGCUCAGCUCUUACAUGUAUAUCUACAAUCUGGACAUUAGCCACAAUAUAAUCAGCAAGCCUGAGAGCUUUGCGAAUCUGGCCAACACUUUACGGUUCCUCAAUCUCGCGCACAACCAUGUCGGCGCGUUAGCGAAUCAUGCAUUCGGCGAUCUAGAGUUUCUCGAAAUACUGAAUCUCGCUUACAAUAACAUCACUUCGCUGCGUCGACGCAGUUUUCAAGGUCUGAAUAGCUUGCAAGAGCUAGACCUGAGCUAUAAUGGUCUAGAACAGUUGCAGGUGGAGCAAUUUUCAAAUCUACGCAAACUGCGAAUACUACGCGUACGUGGCAAUCGUCUACGCGCGCUGCCACGCGAAGUCUUUGCAAAUACGCGUCUAGAGUAUUUGGAUAUCUCAGAGAAUCAAUUGUCUGUGUGGCCUGUGCCUGCCUUCUCUGAUGUCGGUUUUACACUUCGUAGCAUACAAAUGGCGCAGAAUGCAUUAGAAUAUCUAGACUCCAGUAUGUUUGUGAAUUCACAAUUUCUCUACGACAUCAACCUGGCUUGCAAUCGCAUAACUGUGCUGCCAGAUAAUACUUUUACGUUCCUCAACAAUCUAACCAAUCUGGAACUCUCACAAAACCCACUUGUAACCACGAAUCUUAAAGAGGUGUUUUUACACACGCCACGCUUGCGGCGCUUGAAAAUACGACGCAUGGGUCUUUACGUCCUACCACAAUUGAGUCUACCCUAUCUCUCACAUCUCGAUGUGAGCGGCAACUACCUGCAGGAGCUUUCCUCCCUGCACGAGAUGCGUCAGUUGCGUUACGUGAAUGUGUCACACAAUAAAAUCGUUAACGCCAGCAGCGUUGCCGAGCAUCUACCUAACUCGGUGCGUGUGCUCGAUCUGGCACAUAACCCAUUGCGACGCAUCACCGCACAUGACCUCGCUGCGCUGCGCCAUCUCACCGAUCUCAAUUUACUCGACGUGAAAGUGACCAAUCCAUCGGUGUUUAGCAAACUGCGUUCCCUACGCAAACUACAUCUAACCUCGCAUCAGAAUUUGGGCGAGCUUGUAGCGCGCAUACCAGGCUUGCAGGAAUUGCGAGUACACUGUGUAGAGACGAAUAUUGGCUCGCAUCUACUCGCCAAGCUGGUGAACAAUACAAAAUUACAAUUACUCGAACUGUACGGCGGCAACGUACAGACGAUAGCACCGGAUGCGCUGUCGGGUUUAGCACGUAAUCAACAUUUGCUGGUGAAAAUCUCACAUACUAAAAUUUCCGACUUGCCGCCGGGCAUUUUUUACACACUACGCGCUGUGCCCCAGUUGGCCAUAGAUAUUUCCAAUAACAAAAUCAAUGCGCUUGCGGCGGACAGCUUCUAUCCGAACAAGACCUACUGGGACACGGUUGGCACACGCAGCAUCAUUGGCGGCCUGGAUACAUCGCACAAUCCGCUGGAGUGUGAGUGUGGGCUUGUUUGGUUCGGACAUUGGCUGAGACGUUGGCUGCGCGAGUCGGCGCAAAUUAAAGUGAUACAAAAGGAUGAGAUGAAGCGUAUGGUGCAGUUACCGUUACCCGCACAAGUUAUGCGCCGUGCACGCGCCAAUACGUGUCACGAUCCAACUACGGGUCGUCAACUGCCGAUACUGGAGAUCUUUCCCGAGGAUCUGUUAUGCCAAGCGAGUGCGCUCAGCAGUUCAAGUGAACGUCUCUUUCUACUCUCUUUCGCUGCGAUUGUGCUGCCGCUCUUUACAAUGUCACUUUGAUAAUUGGACGCGUAGAGUUGUAGGAGCGCGGCGUGGUGAGCGCGGUGAGUGUAAAAUACUGUAAGCAACGCACUGCUCGGCAGUGGUUUUUAACUAUAAGAGUUGUCACGAGAAACUGAUAAAUACUAGUAACUGGAAUGGUUCUUGCUUUAACUGUUGAAUGAAAAUAAGUUUGAAGAAUAACUAAUAUUGUUGGAUAUAUAAGGUAUGUAAAAUAUUGUACAUUUACUGAAAAUAUAAAGUGUUAAACAUAUUGUAUUUAAGUAUAUUACUCUUAGUACUAACAUAAGACAGCAUUAAAUAGGUUAAAGUAAAUUUUAAGCAGUGAUCUCAUCACAAUUUGUUUUUAUAUCAGUUGAGAGACAUGACUAGGAUGUACUCAUUUCAAAGGCAGGAGUGAAUGGAAAUGAAUGAAAAACAAUAUAACUGCACAGCAGUUGGUAACUGUAAUUCCUGUUAAUUCCUAAAUAUAGUAACUUUUAACUUAAAACUAAAUAGUUUAGUAA